UGAUCUGCGCGCUUUUCGGUGGAGGAUGGAGAAACGCAGACCGGAGGGACUGCUGGCUCUGCCGUCCCCGCUACGGACGCCAACACUGGGUACGAUGCCCCGGAGGGAGCCGGGCAGGACCUCCGGACGCCAGGACGCCGAGGACAGCGCGCGGAGACGCCCGUGCCCGUCCUUGUCGCUGGGGGGCGUCGGCGAACCCGCCUCUCUGCGCCAGCGCAACGAGCGCGAGCGGCAGCGCGUGCGCUGCGUGAACGAGGGCUACGCGCGCCUCCGCCAGCACCUGCCGCGCGAGCUGGCGGGCCAGCGGCUCAGCAAGGUGGAGACGCUGCGCGCCGCCAUCGGCUACAUCAAGCACCUGCAGGAGCUGCUGGAGCGCCACCGGCGGGACUGCAACAGCGAUGGCGAGUCCAAAGCGUCCUCCGGGGCCUCGCCCUGCAGCGAGCCGGAGGAGCGCGGCUAGCAGCGCCCUCAUCCACCAGGUUUUCAUGGUAACUGAUUUCUUCUGUGGGCCAAAUCGUAAGGAUUAAGUGCUUC